CCGGGUCUAGACCUAAAACAUUAAGCGCCGGUCGGAUUAAGCUAAAAUUAGUACAAAGAUCGAUCCAUGGAAAAUUGUAGAAAUCUUACCCUAGACUUGAGUUUUACCAAAAUCAAUUACAUAGCAAACAAGUAAGCACGGAACUUGCUUUCCGUGUAUAUUGAACUAGCGGAAUAUGUCUCGGCGAAUGUCAUUAUAGCUCGCAAUAGGAUCUGGACCUUUUUUUUAUACGUUUGUACCUUUAAAUUUGAUGGUUCGCGUAGCGUGUAAAUCAAUUUCUACUAUUUAAACUCUCUUUCCCACGCCAUCAUCACGCUUUUAUACUUUGUAGUGAUUUUUAAAGGACGCGAGAUAUUAUUAACCCGUGCAACUAGAUGGAUGUGGGUGAACACAUUCUUCUUUCUCUAUAAAUGUUUGGCAGAGGUCUGGAAAGGGCAAAAACUACUUCAAAAUCUUUUUCAUCGUCAGUGAAAGCUGCUUGUCUGGAAUGUCGACAAAGAAAAGUGACUUGCAAGAUUGGAGAAAGUGCUCGUGCUUGUCAAAGAUGCGAACAUUUUGGGUUGCAAUGCAGAUUUGAGCCAACAAAUAAAAGAGGAAGAAAACAUAAAAAUCAAUCAACAGGUUCAUCAAUGGAUAAAAGGAAUGAAAUCAUAAGUUCAGGAAAUUCACCUUUACUUAAAUUUUCAUCUUCUUUCUCUCGAAAUAGAGACGCAGACAAAGAACAAAUGUCUAAUAAUGAAUUCGUGAAAUUUCAAGAUAUACUUGCAAAACCUUUUCGAAGUUCACUUUGGCGAAUUUUGAAGAAAUUUCAAGAUGAAAAUGGACAUAGAUUUAUACCUAUGUAUUUUGGAGAAGGAAACAAAAAGAAUGGUGCAACGCAGAAUAUAAAUGUUAAAUCAUCUGAACAUCCCAUCUCAAGUAGGAUUGGAGAAUCACUUUAUCAUCCUACUUUAAGACAACAUUUGUGUCCUCUGACAGGAGAUAAACCUGUACUCGGUCGAAUCGUAGCUGAUUCACCACUUGUCGUACGUUUUGACAUCUAUCCUGAUCCGCGAAUUUUAGGAAUAAUCUCGUCAGCGAGGUGCGAAGAAUUAUUGUUAUAUUACGAUUCAUACUUACAACCGUGGGCAGGAGCAAUCCCUUCUGCACAAGAAUUAUCAUUACCUGGAACACGUUGAACUUCAACAUUUCUGCUUUCAACGGUUUUAUAUCUUGCUUCGAGAUUUAGCAAUCCAAUCAUAAAUUCACAAGAAGAGCAAGUGUUAGGAAUGCAUAAACGUUCACUUGCAAUACGUGCAUU